UGCCGGGACGGUCUCCGGGCUGAGCUCUCGGCUGCGGUCUGCGCCAUGGGGUCUUGGCAGCGUUUUAUGCUGUUUGGUGGGGUGUCUUUUCGGGGUAGUGGCGGGACCUGUGCCCCAUUUAGGGCAAGCCGAGUUAGUCGAGUUUUUCGGCGUCAGCUAUCUGGCGCUGAGAGUGAGACCCUAAAACAAAGAAGGACACAAAUCAUGUCCCGAGGACUUCCAAAGCAGAAACCAAUAGAAGGUGUUAAACAAGUUAUAGUUGUGGCUUCUGGAAAGGGUGGAGUUGGAAAGUCUACUACAGCAGUGAACCUUGCACUUGCACUAGCAGCAAAUGAUUCGUCAAAAGCCAUUGGUUUGUUAGAUGUGGAUGUGUAUGGCCCUUCAAUUCCAAAGAUGAUGAAUCUGAAAGGAAAUCCAGAAUUAUCACAGAGCAACCUAAUGAGGCCUCUCUUGAAUUAUGGUAUUGCUUGUAUGUCUAUGGGUUUCCUGGUUGAAGAGACUGCACCAGUUGUUUGGAGAGGUCUUAUGGUAAUGUCAGCCAUUGAAAAACUGUUGAGGCAGGCUAUAUCACAAAUGAAAUGGGAGCUCUGGCAGGUAGAUUGGGGUCAGCUUGACUAUUUAGUUGUGGACAUGCCACCAGGAACUGGAGAUGUGCAGUUAUCGGUCUCACAGAAUACUCCCAUUUCAGGUGCUGUGAUUGUCUCCACGCCCCAGGACAUUGCACUGAUGGAUGCACACAAGGGUGCUGAGAUGUUUCGAAAACUCCAUGUGCCUGUUCUGGGCCUUGUCCAAAAUAUGAGUGUUUUCCAGUGUCCAAAGUGUAAACACGAAACUCAUAUUUUUGGUGCUGAUGGUACAAGGAGACUAGCACAGACCCUUGAUCUUGAUGUUCUAGGAGACAUUCCCUUACACCUUAAGAUAAGGGAAGCUUCGGAUAAAGGCCAGCCGAUUGUGUUUUCACAGCCUGGAAGUGAUGAGUCUCUGAAGAUACAUCAAGGAAGCCACUGAAAAAAUGGUGGCUGGGGGUUCAGAAGUAGAGGAAGGGAAAGCAUCCUUAAGAGCAAGAAUGAAUCUUAUCCUGAAAUUUUGCCUACAGCAGUCUUUGCUAAGCUUCAAAGAGCUGACUUCAAAAAAGACAGACUAUCAAGCACUGCUAGCCUGCCUGUUGUUAGGGGUAAUAUUUAUUCCUUAUUUUUCACAUUUCCAUGGAGUGUAGAGAAUUUCCAUUCCACUGUCCAAGAGAGAAAGGCAAGCUCCCCCACUCACUUCAUUCCAGGGAAGAAGGAUGACUCAUCUUAUGGGUAAAUUUCUUCCUGUCUGCAUUUCUGUGAUUUCAGACAAAUCCUGAGCUCUCUGAAGCAAGCCACAGUAGGAAACCUAAAGUUGUCCACCUCUCUCUGCCUUGGACUUGGGUGGGAAGGUUUAUCUAAUUUAAAAGUAGGGCAUUUGAUAACCCAUUGUGGUCAAUAUCCUCUAACCAGCUUUUUGAUGGUAAUAAACCUAAUUUUUUUUUUACCUUUAUCUGAAUUUUAUGUCUUUCAGUUCCAAACAGGGGGAGAUUUCCCCUAUUGCACGCUAAGAAAAAUAAAAUACCUUUCUAAAAUCCUAGAAAUUUAGAACUAAGGAGUAUAUUAGAGUUCAAAUAGUUUCACAGCUCCUUUUGAAGCACCAAUGGCCAGAAGCUUUUAGGGGGGUAUGUGGGGAGAGGUUAUUGUGAAGCAUACUACAUAUACAGUAAAGCACAGAAGACAUAAAUAUAAGAUGAAUUAAUAUCUACAAAGUGAACAUCCAUAGAACCAUCAGCCAGUUUUAAUCAGGCUAAAAAGUGGAACAAUGCCAGCAUCCCAGAAGCCCCCGUAUUUUCCUUCACAGUCACUACCCACUGCUUUCCCUUACAAAGUUAACCACAUAUCAAUGCUUAAGCACUUCAGCCUAUACCCUUAAACAGUAUAAUUUUGCCUACUUUUUGAAAUUUAUAUUGAAUGGAAUUAUACAGUGUUUUGCUCUAAUAAACUGCUUUUAUUUUGCCCUAUAUUGACAGCUUUUGCUCUGUGUUUCUGAGAUCUAUGUCUAUUGUUGCAUGUAGCUGUGACUUGUACAUAUUCUUUGCUGUGGAAUAUUCCAUUGUUUGAAUAUACACAACUUAUUCAUUCCACUGUAGCUGAAUAUUUGGAUUGAUGCCAAUGUUUUACUAUUACAAAUAAUGCUGCUUUGAAUAUUCUUGUACAUGUUCUCUUGAUGUUCAUGUUCUUGAAUUUUUGUUGAGUUAUUUCUUGGAGUAGAAUUACUGAUAGUCGCUUAGUGGUAUCCCCUUGUGGUUUUAACUUGCAUAUCCCUGCUUACAAAUGAAGUUGAGCACCUGUACAUACAGUUAAUGGCUAAUUAGAUUUCCUCUUUUGUGUAGUGCCCAGUCAAAUCUCUUACCUACUUUUCUGUUGUGGGGUUGGAGGUCUUAUAUAUUCUUGAUAUGAAUUCUUGUCAUUUCUGUGUGUUACAGAUAGAUUUCUCACUCUGUGACUUAUCUUUCGCUCUCUUAAUAGUGUCUUUUGAUAAAUAAACCAUAAUCUUAAUAUGUUCAAAUUUGUCACUUUUUUCUUUUAUGAUCAUUGAUUUUUUUGCAGCACUGCAAAGUCAUGUAGAAAAUAUUAUCCUACAUUAACUCUAGAUCCUAUAGGAUUGUUUUGCCUUUUACAUUUAGUUCUACAGACCACCUGGAAUUGUUUUUUGGUUAUUCAGUGAGGUAGGCUUUAAAAGUUUUUUUUUUUUUUUCUUUACCCUUGGAGAUGUUUAUUCAUCCCAGUACCACUGAGACUGUUUUUGUCUCCACUAUUCUGCAGUACCACCUUUAUUAUAAAUUAAAUGUCUGUGUUUUUAUGGGUCUGCUUCUGGGCUUUUUG